AUGGCACAACCACCUGUCUUCCAACUCGAUCAAUACUUCUGGUGCCAUCAAGGCAACGAGCACAUCAGAGAUUGGAUCGCCGCCGACCACAUACAGCACCCCUACAUCUACAUCACCUACAUCAACGAUGCCAACAUGGUGAUCCACAGAAAGCGCGACGGCAAAUAUGGCGCACACGACAAGCGCAUGCUCAAGUUCCUCGAAACCUAUCCUAUGACCUAUACCGACAUUCUCGACGAACUCAUCUGGUACAAGGCCAACGUUCUCCAACUGGUAUCUGAUGUUGGUCCUCACUACUCCGGGUUGAUCGAUGUACACCCAGAUGGUACGUACCCACCUCAAGUACCAAUUGGAAACACUCCUGAGGCCGCUGGCAAGGCCAGAGACCUCCUCUACAAACAUGUCUUCGACAUCGAAGCCCGUCACAAGCACUGGGUCCAGCGUGGUGAGCAAGGCCUCCUGAACCCCAACGAGGUAGAGCCGUUCUCCAAAGAGCAAAAGAAGCAGCGGAAGUACGAUGAGUACAGAUCGAGAAAGGCCAGAGAAGCUGCAGCAAGCACCACCAACACAGAUGCCACCAUCGACACUGCUUUCUGGGCUGAUGCGUACGGAGAGAACUCAGCAGAAUAUGCUGGCCGUCUCAUGCUCGACCUCGAGGUCAAAAAGGAGGGAGGAAACCAGCGCGAGGCAGGAGAGGAUGAGAUAAUGGAGGGAUGA